ACCGCAACAUUCCAGGUGUUGUUGGCCACUGACAGUAAGGUCACCUACGCCAUCAGAGGAUACCAUUCGGUGUGGCAGAGUCCACAGCUGGCCAGUCAGACCUACUACGCCGCCGCCUACUCCCUGGAUAAUGAUUCCAGACCGAACAUCACCAUGCCAAGGAGCCAUAGCGGUCCUGAAGUGAUACGUCUAGGCACCAGAAAAGCCAACAAGGACCCGUACACCUGUGUGGAGAAAACUCAAAUCAUGGUCUCUCAACUGAACCGAUCACUUCAUCUACUCUCACCCUGUCCCAGUUACCAACCCCAGGUACGGAUAUAUAGUGUAAUACAUCCAUAG